AUGAUGCUGGAUGCCUCGAUGGGCGCUGAUCAUCGCUCCGUCGACUCUUCGACGAAAGCCGCGGAGGCCUCUGGUGGAUGGACCUCGCUGCUGUCUCCUGUCAGCUCUGCUUUUUGGGAGCAUGCCAAACGCAAAGGUCUCGUGAACUGGGUACACCUUUGGGAAGGAAUCCAGCACAUCCACGAGAAGGAUGCAUCCAUGUGGGAGAAGAUGGACAAGUGUCGCUCGCUGGUUUUCGACAGUGCCAGCAGAUGUUUCGAGAGCGCCUCGGCUGUUGCUGACCUUCUUGGGGCAGCCUCGGUGCUGACCGGGUGGUCGCAGACACAGGAGCUUUCCCCGGAUGACAUGCUUCAACUUGCGCCUCUCAUGGUGCUGUCGGCCCUGGUGGCCUUUCGCGCUGCCGAGUUUCGCGAGAGUUCCUUUGACUCGUGGCCGGACGGUGAUGGCUUCCCGGCCUCUGCAACCCUUUAG